AUGGAAGCGGCUGUGACGAAGCAACAUGCACACCCAAAUACCGUAUUCCAUUGCUUAUACGGAUACUACAACCUUGGCUUCAGCAAGCAAGAACUAGCCGAGGUGUACAACAAGACCGAUAAAACUAUUGGCAACUGGAUCAAAGUAUACGAGAGGACAGGGACAUUCGAGCGAGCCAGGACCAAAUCGGACAAGAAAUUCGACGCCAGUCACCGCCAAUGGCUAAUUGACUUCUAUCAAGCCCGACCGCUUGCAUACAUCGAUGAAGCUCAAUCCGCCUUCAAGCGUGCGCACCAUAUGGACAUCUCGAAGACCAGUGUUUGGAGAAUUAUUCACGACGGAGGCUUGACGUGGAAGGUGCUGGAACGGAGAGCAAUGCACACCAAGGAACUUGACAUUCUUCGGUUUAUGCAGGAGCUAAGUACAAUGGAUUGGAGUCACCAGAAUCUUGUUUUCUUGGACGAAAGAAAACCCAGAGUCUCAGUGCUUGCGUUCAUUGGGGUGCAUGGGAUCAUUGACUACUACGACACGGAGGGGACGUUUGACAGGGUAAAGUUCUUGGAAUCUUGCCGUUUGUUCGCAUACUCGAAGAGAGGGAACGUUCGGCAAUAUCCUGGGUCAAACUCAGUUUGGAUUCUAGAUGGAGCAGCUAUUCACAGGGAUCCUGAGAUUGUUCACUUCUUGCGAAGCAUCGGAGUCGUGCCAAUUUUCCUGCCAGCUUACUGCCCAUUCUUCAAUCCUAUUGAGUACCUGUUUGGCUACGUAAAAAAGGCUUUUCAACGCCAUUAUGAGGCGGCUUCGGGGCGCGACUUAACGCUGUUCAUAGCUCAGACGUUUACGCUAUUUGAGGGCUAUGAGAUGGCAAACGUGUUCGAGCAUUGCGGAUGGUCCGUACAAGGCUACUUCAACCCUGUCGACAAACUCGCAAAAGAGAUCAAUACUUCUCUGGCCCACUUAAGAAACAACAUUCGGCAUUACACCUCAAUUUGA